AUGGCAGAUUUCAGGUGGAUGACAGGCUUUUGGGUGAAUCUGUGGUUUCUUUCGAUAGCGUGCGUGGUGCGUGCGCAGCAGUACAACAGCCAAGGAUGCUAUUCGGACUCGGAUCUGCAGGCGAUGGGUCUCAGCUCGCGGGGCUCGUAUGAUUACCAGAGUAUAUCGUACUGCCAGCAGCAAUGCGAUAACGCAGCGGUGGUGGGCUUGUAUCGCGGGAGAGACUGUUACUGCGGGGACUCUGCUUCGUCUUUGAGUUCCCUGAAUGCGAUUUCUGAUAGCAGUUGCAAUACGCCGUGUGCUGGUUGGCCGUAUCAGACCUGCGGUGGGAGUGGUGCGAUACAGAUAUUUGUGAACGCGGCGGAGCAGAGCCAACUUUCCUCAGCUGCGUCGUCAACCAGCACGAGCAGGAGUUCGAGCAGUUCGAGCAGUUCGAGCAGUUCGAGCAGCUCUAGCAGUUCUAGCAGUUCUAGCAGUUCUAGCAGUUCAAGCAGUUCAAGCAGCUCAAGCAGUUCUAGCAGUUCUAGCAGUUCAAGCAGCUCAAGCAGUUCAAGCAGUCCAAGCAGUUCAAGCAGUCCAAGCAGUUCAACCAUGCCAAGUAGUUCGACCACCCCAAGCAGUUCUAGCAGUCCAAGUUCUAGCAGCUACAGCAGCUCAAGCAGUUCAAGUUCUAGCAGCUACAGCAGCUCAAGCAUUCCAAGCUCUAGUGCCUAUACGAGCUCAAGCAGUCCAAGUCCAAGCAGCUCAAGCGUAAGCAGCACAACAACACAGCAAUCUGAAACUUCCGUCAUGGUUACAACACACAUCAUAACAACUUCCAUGAUAACGGGAUCAGACAGAGAACAGCAAACGGUGUUUGUAACGCGAACUUCCGUUAUAAAUUCGGAGUCAACCUCUUCAUCUUCUAGUUCAGCAUCAAACUCUUUGGCUGGAAAUUCACAAGCGAAUCAAUCAACAGCAAGGUCUAAUAGUGGGCUCAGUGGAGGCGCAAUCGCCGGUAUAGUUGUUGGUGUGAUUUGUGGUGUUUUAGCAAUUGCUGCAUUGAUACUUUUCUUGCUGUGGAGAAGACAUAAGCAUAAUCAAGAACCAGAUUUGGAGGAAACAAAACAGUAUCAACCAUACUCUUUCGGUGAUGCAGAUGCAAAUCCAAUUAUUGCUCCGAUCGGUGGAUCGGGCUCAACUUGGCGUAGACCUUCAAGAAAUGAUUUAGGUUCCAACGAUACAAAUUCGAUAUCAUACGGUGUACCGAAUGGUGCAACGACCGCUACUGGAUCGCUUAGUGCAAGUAAUAGCCUCAACAGAGGCUCCGUUACAAAUAUUUUCGCACCGGAAGAUAGUAAUACCAACCAUAACAAUAAUGGAGCAUUGAAUUUACAGUCUCAUCCCUCAACAGUUUUUGAAGAACCGCCGUUGCUUUACCAGGGUAAUCAAAGAUUCAGUACAGGAUCUCUACCUGAUAUGAUGGAAGAAAGACAUUUGAGAGUUGUGAAUCCAGAUGACAGCCGAAGCCGGUUAGGCGAAAAGACUGGUGAAGCAAACGACGACGAAAUUGACGACGAAGACUUUAAUUUCAUAAGCACGGGAAGCUCAAGAGAUAGUCCAAUAGAUCAUGAACCGAAGGAAUAA